CCCCGGCAAGAAUUCAGUUCUUAUCAGCCGCAUGCAAUAUGUCGAAACGCGAAGAUAUGUAUAAGCUGAAUCGUGGUAGCACGCGAAAAUUCGCUAUUUCAAGAAUAUUGAGUUUGCCAUGAAAGAAUAUUUGAAUAUUUGUGUUCUUUUCAAGGAAAAGGUAUUUAUAAAGACUUAUGAAUGAUUUGCAGCUAUAAAUAUGUUCAAAGCAGAAUCAAUUAGUACAUUAAGUGAUCAUGAAGAUGAGAUCGAUGAUUUGGAUGGUUCUAUUGUAUGGUCCCAAGAAGAACCACUUUCUUCUAAUGAAAUAUUAGAAUUAUCGGUUCAAAAUGAGAGAGAAGAUAGUUUAGCUGCUUUCUGUCGAUUGUGUGCUGGUCAAACUAAUAAUCCAAUUUAUAUCUACUCUGAACUCGGGGAAUCAAUGAAAUUGGCACAUAAAAUAAAUACAUGUCUAAGUGUUAAGAUUAAAAAAACAGAUCCAUUACCGAAACAGCUUUGUUUGACUUGUAUUGAGAAAAUAAAUUGUUACGACGGGUUUGACACGCAGUGCAUUAAAGCGGAAGAAAUCCUCUCGACGAUGCUAAAGGAAAAACAAUUUUUCAAUGCUUCCAAUCACGAAAAUCAAAUUUUAGUGGACCGACAGUCUUGUCCUUUAUGUAUAGAGGGCUACAUGGACACAUGUGAAAACAUGUCUCAACAUGUGAAAAAUGUAGAAUUUGACGAAAAUGACAUAAUUUUAGAAAGCAGCGACGAAGAAAGUAUAUUUAAUAAUGUAAACGUCGAUAUGGAAAGCGGAAAUCGUUCUAUUAUGUUACAAUGUCUAGGAAAUAGGCAGAAAUACUUGAAAUGUGGCGCUUGCAUGAAUCUCUAUCAUACCAAGGAAACUCUAGACAGUCACAAAUGCAAGCCCAGCAUGCAGAGCACAACGAAGCCGUACAAGUGUCUUACAUGUGAUACGACGUUCAGCUUCGAGGAGCGUUUGAACUUUCACGCGCAAUUUCACAGAGGCACGAAAGCGUUGUACUGCGAAAUCUGCAAAAUAACAUUCAGUAAAGAAUUGAAGCUGUUUUAUCACUACAAGAGAUACCAUUCCAAGGACAUUAGCAUCUCGUGUCUGCAGUGUGGCAAAUUAUUCGAGAAUCAAGAGGCGCUUCGUGUUCACGUUUGCGUGGAUGGUAAGAAUCGGCCACAUAUUUGCGAGGUGUGUAACAAAGGCUUUUCCGACGGCUAUACCCUGAAGCGUCACAUAGUUACUCAUCUGCCUGAGAAACCUUACAAAUGCUCGCAAUGCUCGAAGAGCUUUACGCAGAAGUCGAGAUUAAACAAGCAUGUCGCGAGUCAUUGCAUCGUUAUCGAAAACAAUCAAACGGUCUGGAAAUGCAUUCAAUGCGGCGAGAUAUUUAUCUCUUGCGACGAUGCCGAUGCUCAUUGCAAGCUACACGAGAAUAAGAUCACAUUGAUCGAGGAGCUAUCGAUAUCGAAAUUGUAUCAUUGCGAAUUCUGCAAUAGUCACUUCACCGAAGUGGACAACCUGAAGACUCAUCAGAAUAAACACGUCGUCGAGAAAUCAUAUACGUGUAAUAUCUGCGAAACUAUGUACAAAUCGUUCGCGGAGGCCGUCUUACAUUGGAAGGAACAUCAAAGAUUAUUCAAAGUUCUCGUCGUCUUUCUAUGCGACGUCUGUAACAAGGACAUGAAGGAGUUAUCUCUGUUGUAUAAACACAAGCGAAAGAGACACGAUUACGUAGCCAGAUUGUCCGAGUCCGGCGAUGCAAAGUUUGUAUGCGAACUUUGCGGAAAUAUGUUCGACAGCAGCAAGGACAUACAGGAUCAUGGACGGGAUCAGUGUUCCAAAUUUCCCUGCGAUAUUUGUGGCAGUUUAUUACCUACGGCGAAUUCAUUGAAUGCUCACAAAAGGCGGCACAACGGACUGCGACCUUACGUCUGCAACAUAUGUGGGAAGAGUUACACUCAGUCUAGUCACAUGUGGACUCACAAGAGAUUCCAUAUGGGUGUAAAGCCUUACGCUUGCGAGUAUUGUGAUCAGCGUUUCACGAUAAAGCCGGAUUUGGCGGAUCAUACCAGGAAGAAACAUACGAGGGAGAGGCCGUUCAAGUGCGACGUGUGCAACAAGGCUUUUCUCACCGGAUCCGUAUUUUAUCAGCAUAGAUUGAUACACCGCGGUGAUCGUAGGUACAAGUGCCAUUACUGUGAGAAGGCCUUCACCAGGACGGAGGCUUUAAAUAAUCACAUUAAGAUACACACCGGGGAAAAGCCACACGCGUGCGAUGUGUGUGGUAGAUGCUUCAGACAGAAAGGAGACAUGAGGAAACACAGACGCACCCAACAUAAUUCUAUGUAGGAUACAAAACUCUUCACAUCUAAAUGUUUUUGUUUUAAUCAUUAUGCUGUCAUUAUGCUUGCAUUUUCAUCAUUAUGUUAUUAUGAUAAUAAUAACAAAUAUGUACAUAUAGUAAUCUAUUCAUGCAAUAUGAUUGUACUAUAUUAUUACAUAAAGAAUACAGAACAAAUUA